GCUGCGGCGGUUGCUUGCCAGUUGCCUCGGGUGUGGAUUCGAACGCCUCGCCGAAAGCAGUGGCUUUCUCUGCCCGCCUCUUUUUGUGUGGUCACGCUUCUCCCGUUGCCAGUUACCGAUCGGUCGCCGUUGAAGGUCUCGCCUGCCCUCGCUUUGGCGUCGCUUGAGCGCGGUAGUCGUUUCAUUUGCUUUGGAGUUCCGGACUGGAGAAGGAAGAAAGUGCCAUUUUUUUUUUGUGACGCGGUUGUGUGCCUGGGCUCGCAGGAACGUGAAACCCUAAGAAAAAUGAUCCCUUCUUGGUUGCUGAACUAUCGUCAAAGGGGCAGUGUGAGAGAGAUUCAUCUGGGUUCACACACAUUGAAAUCUCAUGGAAUUAAAGUUGCUAAAAUCCACAAGUUUGAUUGGCUUGCACUUAUUGGACUGCUGAUACUUGUGUUGGCUAUUAGGACUGUUCAUCCUUUUUACCGUUUUGUUGGAAAGGAAAUGAUGACUGACCUAAGAUAUCCAUUCAAGACGAACACUGUGCCACCAUGGGCUCUUCCUAUAAUUUCAAUUUUGUUACCUGCUGCAAUCAUUGUUGCCUUCUACAUCCACAAGAGAGACAUUUAUGAUCUUCACCAUGCCAUUCUAGGGCUCCUUUUUGCUGUGCUUACAACUGCACUCAUAACGGAUGCGUUAAAAGAUGCUGUUGGUCGACCUAGGCCAGAUUUCUUUUGGCGUUGUUUUCCAGAUGGAAAAGAGGUAUAUGAUAAAGUGACAGGAAAUGUUAUUUGUCAUGGAGAGAAAAAGGUAUUGAAUGAUGGGCACAAGAGCUUUCCAAGUGGUCACACUUCAUGGUGCUUUGCAGGGCUUAGUUACCUAGCACUGUAUUUGUCAGGGAAGAUCAAAUGCUUUGAUCGCAAAGGGCAUGUGGCAAAACUUUGUAUCGUGUUCUUUCCUCUGCUUCUUGCAUCACUUAUUGGAAUUUCACGUGUUGAUGACUAUAAACACCACUGGGAGGAUGUCUUUGCUGGUGGCAUACUUGGUGUUGUAGUGGCCACAUUUUGUUAUCUGCAGUUCUUUCCGGCUCCUUAUCAUUCUGAUGGUUGGGGACCAUAUGCCUACUUCCAGAUGUUAGAGGAUAACCAAAACACCAGCAUCAUCGGGUUAUCUGGCAUACAUAGUAGUAGCUCACCGGCGAACAAUGCAUCGUUCGGGAGGGUGUAAAGUAGAGCUUGUGAUGCAGACUUGCAUAACCUAGAAUCAUAUAUCAACAUUUUUAUGAUGAAGAGCUGCAAAGGUUGACAAGGGAGAUGUUAACUAUGCUACCUGUGAGUUUGGCAUGAAUAGAUCUUGUAAACCACCUUAUUUUCUUCUUAUGUGUGUUUCAGUGCUUAGUUUUUGUUCCC